AUGCCUGAGGAAGUACUUGGUCUCCUGGUGGUCUCCUGGUGGUCUCCUGGUGGUCUCCUGCAAGAAGUAGCUCGGGGAGUUGCUAUCCGCUACGAUGGCUUGGUUCGUGGCGCUCCCAGGGACCCUCCCAGGGUUGGUGGCGCUCCCAGCGACCCUCCCAGGGGCGGCGGUGCCACCAGUGACCCCUUCAGGGGCGGAGGCGCCACAAGUGACCUUUCCAGGGGUGGCGGCGCCCCCUGGGACUCUCUCAGGGAUGGCGGUACCCCUGGGAAACCUCCCAGGGGCGGCGGUGCCACCAGUGACCCCCCCAGGGGUGGAGGCGCCACCAGUGACCUUUCCAGGGGCGGCGGCACCCCCAGGGAUCCUUCCAGGGACCCUCAUAAAAGCGGCGACCCCAGGGACCCACCCAGGGCAGUCCCAAACUAA